AUGUUGGCUGAGAAGAACUUAGAACCAAAGGAUGUGGAGCAUUUUGAGAAAGAGAAGAAGAAAAGGAGAGCAAAGAAAACAUCCUGGCAGCCUCCCCUGGAGCAGCUGUACCGGGAGGGCCCGCUGCUGGGGAGCGGCGGCUUCGGCAGCGUUUACGCCGGGACCCGGCUCGCCGACGGCGUCCCGGUGGCCAUCAAGCGAGUGUCCCGGGACCGCGUCUUGGAGUGGGCGCGGCUGCGCGACGGCGCCCUUGUGCCCCUGGAGCUGGUGCUGCUCUGGAUGGCGUCGUGGCCCGGCUUCCGCGGCAUCGUGCGGCUCCUGGACUGGUUCGAGCUGCCCGACGGCUUCGCGCUGGUCAUGGAGCGUCCGGAGCGCUGUCAGGACCUCUGGCACCUGCUGCACGCGGGGGGGUUCCUGCCAGAGCCCGUGGCGCGGGCGCUGUUCCGGCAGGUGCUGGGGGCCGUGCGGCACUGCACCAGCCGCGGCGUCCUGCACCGCGACAUCAAGGCCGAGAACGUGCUCGUUGACCUGGCCACCGGCGAGGCGAAGCUCAUCGACUUCAGCUGCGGCACGAUCCUGCAGGACACGUUCUACACCCAGAUGGCCGGAACGCGGGAGUACUACCCACCGGAGUGGAUCCUCUUUGGCCGCUACCAUGGCCAGCCAGCCACCAUCUGGUCCCUGGGCAUCCUGCUCUAUCAGCUGGUGUGCAGGCACCUUCCUUUCAAAAGCAGAGAGGACAUCGUCCGGGGACAGCUCUUCUUCCCGCCCCGGGUGUCUCAAGAGUGCCAGCACCUGAUCAGGUGGUGCUUAUCCAUGGACCCUGCAGACAGGCCAUCCUUGGAUGACCUUUUACCCCUUCCUAGAGGACACGCUCUGCACCCCGACGAAAUCAAGAUGAGUCCCCAGGCAGCGCAGGGGUGA